CGUCCAGAAGAUAUUCCAAAAAUGCCGCCGCAGACAAAGGACGAACAAAGUUUCCAGAGGGAUGUUAAAAUUCCGGAAUGGGUAACACCGGAAGCAUUUCAGGAUCUUCUAAAAAAUAAGGUCAAGGACUAUAAGGAAACAAAAGCACUGAGGGCCAAGGCAGGAGUUGCUGCUGGCGAAAAUUAUGCCACCAUAAUGCUAAGACUGGAACUUGAUGUGGAGACAAACGACAAAUCCCAGGUUACCAAGGCGUUCAUGCUAAAAACUCCCCAUCACUCUGAGGCUUAUCGAAAACUUCUGGACAGAACGAACAUCUUUGAUGUGGAGCGUGGAAUGUAUCUGGAAGUAGUCCCUGAACUGGAGCAGUUGUAUCGCGAUGUGGGUGCGGAGGUAAAAUUCGGGGCUGAGGCCUACGAGGUAGCGACCAGUGAACACUAUGUCCUUUUGGAGGACCUUAGGCCACGUGGCUUCAAAAACGCAGAUCGCCUUCAAGGAUUGGAUCUGGCUCACACUGAAAGUGUCCUGACUAAGUUCGCCCAAUGGCAUGCGGCCUCUGCAGUUCGUGUGGACCUCAAAGGACCCUACAACGAGAAGUACACAAAGGGUUUUUUCGACUCCCAAGAAAUCGUAGAUGCCUUUUGCGUUGGCAGUGCUAAAACUUUGCUAAAACAUAUCGAUCAGUACGAAGGCCACGAGGCAUACCUAAAGGAUUUGCACAGUGUCUCAGAAAAGUUAUAUGAUGUGGUGAACGACCUGAAGGAACCCAAGUCCGAUGAGUUCAAUGCCCUAAACCAUGGCGAUGGUUGGUCCAACAACAUUAUGUUCCAGUACAACGACAAGAAUGAGAUUUUGAAUACCUAUUUCGUUGACCUUCAACUGCCAAAGUGGGGAACAGUGGCGCAGGAUUUGUACUACUUCCUACUUUCAUCCACUAGAUUGGACAUCAAAACUUCAAAAUUUGAUUAUUUUAUUUGGUUCUAUCACUCCGAGUUGGUUAAGCAUUUGAAUCUGCUAAAUUACUCAAAGUCAUUGCCCACUUUAAGGAGUAUUCGCUAUGCCCUUAACAAAUACAGUGGAUGGGCCUUCAUCUGCUCCGCCUGCGUAAUGGGAUACGUUCUGCUGGAUCCCACAGACGGUGCUGAUUUCGAUAAAAUCAUCGCAAAAGAAAACUCCAGCUUUAGGAAUUCCCUUUAUACCAACCCCAGGUACCGAAGGCACAUGGAGGUUCUUAUGCCUUGGCUUCAGCAUCAAGGGGCCUUGGAAUAGAAUCUCAAAUGGUACUUUUUAAGAAAAUUCAUUAAUUCGUUAUUGAAAAAACAUCCAUUUUAUUCAAUAAAUUAACUUUAAUUGAAUGUUUAUAAAAAAA